AGCUUUGGGCCUUAUUCCGGAUCUGCCUGUAAUAUAUUAUCUAACGUACAGCAGCGUCUUUUUUUAUUGCAACCACACAAGAAGGAUGGGCAUCGUUUGUAAACGACUUGGAUUCUCAUUCAGUUCUAAAAUCAUGUUCGUGGUGUUAAGAUCACGGGGAAGGCCUCUAGAGGCCUCUCCUGGUCUUGUCUCGGUGCUUUUGACUUUGUCUUUGACGGCGGGGGUGGCGAACGCGCGGAGCGAUGAGCUUACGCCGCCCUAUUUCAACUUGGCCGAAAAUCGGACGAUACGAGCUUCCGCCACAUGCGGCGAAGACACGGAGGGACCCGAGCUUUAUUGUAAACUUAUCGGUGCAAAUGCAGAAAACGACGUGAAUGUUAAUCUCAUUCAUGGACAGUUUUGCGAUUACUGUGACCCCUCUCGGCCUGACAAAAGACACCCUCCCGAGUAUGCCGUGGAUGGAAUGGAAACAUGGUGGCAAAGCCCGCCGUUAUCCAGAGGGAUGAAAUAUAAUGAAGUUAAUCUAACAAUUGAUUUUGGGCAGGAAUUUCACGUAGCCUACAUUUUCAUACGAAUGGGCAUUUCUCCUCGACCUGGUCUAUGGAUUUUGGAAAAAUCCGCAGACUAUGGCAAAACGUGGACGCCAUGGCAAUAUUUUUCCGAUUCGGAAAGCGACUGUGAAACAUACUUUGGCAAAGAAACCUUACGUCCUAUAACUUCCGACGAUUCCGUUAUUUGUACCACCGAGUAUUCAAAAAUUGUUCCACUGGAAGGGGGAGAAAUCCCCAUAUCAAUUCUUAACAAUAGGCCUUCUGCCAGAGAUUAUUUCAAUUCUCCUGUUUUACAAGAAUGGACGAGGGCCACGAACGUUAGAUUUCGUUUCCUGCGAACCAAAAAUCUUCUUGGACAUCUCAUGUUCGUGGCCAGGCAAGAUCCGACAGUUACAAGAAGAUAUUUUUACUCCAUAAAAGAUAUAAGUAUUGGGGGUCGUUGUAUGUGCAAUGGUCAUGCCGAUGUUUGCGAAGUCACGGAUCCCAACGACCCCAACAUCCUCCUCUGUCGAUGCCAACACAACACCUGCGGUCCCAAAUGCGAAAGGUGUUGUCCCGGGUUCGAACAAAAAGCUUGGCAAAUAUCGAAAAACUACGCGCCAUUUUCUUGCGAACCUUGUAACUGUUUCCAACACAGCAACGAGUGCGUGUACGACCCUGAAGUGGACAGAAAACGUCUGUCCCUCGAUAUUUAUGGCAAAUACGAGGGCGGUGGUGUUUGUCAGAAUUGUCAGCACAAUACAAUGGGAAUUAAUUGUAACCAAUGCCAACCAACUUUCUACAGACCUUACAAUAAACAUUGGAACGAAACUGACGUUUGUCAACCAUGCAACUGUAAUUACUUUUACUCCACCGGAAACUGUGAAGAAGGUACUGCCCGUUGCGAAUGCAAGCCAGAGUACCAGGCUCCCAAUUGUGACCGCUGUAGUUAUGGCUAUUACGGCUAUCCGGACUGUAUCCCGUGUGGCUGUUUCCUGAAUGGUACCGAGAGUCUUCAGUGUGAACCUGUCCAGGGCCACUGCUCUUGCAAAUACAAUUUCGGUGGUAAAUAUUGCAAGGAAUGUGCCGACAGCUAUUUCAACUUUCCGACAUGUGAACCCUGUGGAUGUAAUGCUCUUGGUUCCAUUUCUGACACUUGUGACCAAAACACAGGAAACUGCACAUGCAAAAGUAACUAUGGAGGCCUUAAAUGCGACCAGUGCGAAAAUGGGUACUUCAGUUACCCUUCGUGUACAUAUUGUAAUUGUGACAUUAAGGGAACCGAAGCGGAAAUUUGUGACAAAAAUACUGGAAAAUGCCUGUGUAAGGAAGGGUAUGGAGGCGAACGAUGCGAUCAGUGCAUACCAGGAUAUUUCGGUUAUCCAGAAUGCAAACCUUGCAACUGUAGCGUAAUAGGGUCGGCCUCUUCUGUGUGUGACGUGUCAGGAACAUGUCCUUGUUUACCUAACUUUGGUGGUCGAACUUGUGAACAAUGUCGAGUUGGAUACUACUCAUACCCUGAAUGUUUAGCUUGCAACUGUGACGGUCAUGGAUCCAUCGGUGUUUCCUGCGACAACGAAGGAAGAUGCCAAUGUCACAACAACUUUGACGGUAUCCGUUGUGAGCAAUGUCGUGAAGGAUUCUACAAUUUCCCAGCUUGCGAAGAAUGCAACUGUAAUCCUGCGGGAGUGGUAGCGGCAUUUGCAGGAUGUGGUUCGGUUCCAGCAGGAGAACUGUGCCAGUGCAAGGAAAGAGUAGAAGGACGCAUUUGCGACAAAUGUAAACCACUGUACUGGAACCUCAACCUGAACAACCCCGAAGGUUGUAGCGAAUGUAACUGCCACAUCCCCGGCGUGCUAGGGGGUUUUGCAGCCUGCGACAACUUGGACGGGCAAUGUGUGUGCAAACCAUCUGUUAUUUCGAGAUCAUGUUCCGAAUGUGUUGCCGGUACUUAUGAUCUCCAAGAGGAGAACUUAUUCGGAUGCAAAGAUUGUGGUUGCGACAUAGGGGGAUCGAUAAAUACAGUGUGUGAUAAGGCAACAGGACAAUGUACAUGUCAGGCACGUGUAACAGGACGCACUUGUAAAGAACCGAUCCAAGCUCAUUACUUCCCGACUCUGUACCAAUUCCAAUACGAGGUCGAAGAUGGACAUACACCUGCCAACACUGCAGUGCGAUAUGGUUAUGACGAAAGCGUUUUUCCUGGAUACUCCUGGAAAGGAUACGCUGUUUUCUCACAAUUACAAAAUCAAAUCCUGUACGACGUUCUUAUUUCUAAACCAUCUCUCUAUUUGAUCAUCUUGCACUACGUGAAUCCAAAUCCUGAAACAGUUACUGGAACAAUAAGGGUUAUUCCCGACAAUCCCCACAGUUUAGAACAAACGCUCCAGGUUCACUUUAAGAGCUCUUCCGAACCCGCCUUCGUCACCGCUUCCGGCGCUACAGCACUGGUCAUGGAGCCAGGACAAUGGACAGUCAGCAUUGAAAACAAAAAGAAUCUCUUCUUGGAUUAUUUCGUUUUAUUGCCUGAAGAGUACUCUUCAGCGUCGAUAUUGACCCAAAAGGUUGUAGAACCUUGCACGAUCGACGACAAAACGCUUUGCAGAGAUUACAGCUAUCCUAACGUGUCGAAAUUCGACGUGACUUUGGGAAAUGGUGGUAUGGUCUUGCGAGGUGAUAAAGUCGAUCCCUUGAAAGAUUUCUACGGCGAUCAUGAACAUCUUAUCGAACUGAAGGUGUUAAAUCGUAUUCCAUUGCUGAACAAAAACCAGUCGGAGAUUGCGUACAACAUUACCAUUGGAAAGCCAGGACCUUAUGUUUUAGUAAUAAACUACUUCACCCCCAAAGGAGACCAUCGCACCCAAACUGUUAAUGUCGAAUCCAGAGCUCAAAAUGGAGUAACUAGAGGGAGGGCUCUUCUGUACUCAUGCCCCUACACCAUGGUAUGCCGACAGAUUGUCACUGACAAGAAAAACACUCUCGCCAUUCAAAACGUUGACGGAAAUGUCAUCAAUGUCAUACUUCAAGGAGCAGACGAUGCAAAUAUUGGUGUGCAAUCGAUAGUAGCAAUCCCAUACGACGAAUGGUCGUUGGAUUAUAUUAAGCCAAGACCAGUGUGCAUUCUCAAAGAUGGAAACUGCAUUUCCUCUAGAUAUCCGACUCCACCCGAAUCAAAGAAAGUCCAGUUCGAACUCGACGCUGACGUCGAAGGAAACGUUACUCGACCAGUUCAUAAAAUUUCAAACGAUUCUUCGUACAUUUACUUGGAACCAUCCGAUAACAUGAUUGAUCUGCAUGCAAAAGUUCCUGUGCCUGGUUAUUACUCGUUCGUUGUCCAAUAUUACCAACCGGAUAAUCCAGAGUUCAAUUUGAAUGUCAUUGUCCAAAAUGGACAGUUUUACGAGGCGAAGCUUGCGGUUGAGCACUGUCCAUCCAAAUCUGGGUGCAGGGCAGUCGUUAAACAAGCCGAUGGCAAUCCUUUCUUUUCAUUAACAGAAAACUUUAUGAUUACGUUGAAGGCACCAAAUCACAAAGGCGUUUACUUAGACUAUUUACUAAUCGUUCCUGCUGACUUGUACAGUGAAAAUGUUCUGGAAGAAGAGGACCUGGAUCGUACAGCAGAAUUCAUAUCAACAUGUGCCAGUAAUCACUUCUACAUUAACACAUCUGACGAAGGUUUCUGCAAGGAUUCUGUGUUCUCCAUAACUGCUGGAUACAAUAACGGGGCGCUCCAGUGUUACUGUGACCACAUAGGGUCUCUGAGUUUCCAGUGUAACAAAUUCGGUGGCCAGUGCGAAUGUAAACCAAAUGUAAUUGGAAGACAGUGCGAGGCUUGUAAAACCGGCUUUUACGACUUCCCGGACUGUAAGCCGUGCAACUGUCCUCUAACUGCCCUAUGCGAAGCCUCCACAGGACGGUGCAUUUGCCCACCUCACGUAACAGGAGAACGUUGCGACCAAUGCAUGCCCUUCACUUAUGGCUUUGAUCCCAUCAUCGGUUGCGAGGAAUGCAAAUGUAACCCACUGGGUGUCGAACACAAUUAUUUACAAUGUGAUCUCUUCAAUGGAAGCUGCACUUGCAAGAACAAUGUCGUUGGUCGGACUUGUAGCGUUUGCCAGGCUGGUUACUUUGCAUUCCCGUAUUGUGAGAGAUGCGACUGCAACUAUGCCGGAACACUUCCAGACAUCUGCGACCAGGUUUCCGCAGAAUGUUUGUGCAAAAAGAAUGCCGUUGGUCCAGAUUGCAGUUUGUGUCGCGAAGGCUCGUACAAUCUCCAGGCGGACAACGAGGACGGAUGUACCGAUUGUUUCUGUUUCGGCAAGACGUCCCGGUGCACCAGCAGCAACUACGUUCAAUCCAUGAUAAUCGAUAUGCAAGAUUGGGGUCUUGUCGAAAUCAACGAAACGGAAACAUCGUCGUUUGAUGUGACUCUUCUGAAUUCAACCGUUUAUCAGGGAAACGCACCCACCGAUAUCGGAGUUGAUCUCUCCCAAGAUGACAUGAAAGAUAAGCGAGUGUAUUUUUCGGCCCCAUCUGCUUAUUUAGGGAAAAAGUUGACUUUGUAUGGUAGCAGGCUUAAUUACAGUAUCUUCUACACCAUAGGAUCCUCAGGUAAAGCAGUGAGUGGUGCUGAUGUUAUUCUGGCUGGGGCUGGAACGCAUCUGGCCUACAUGAGCGUAGAGCAGCCUGCAGUGGCUACCGAUUACAGUGAAAGUUUGGGAAUUGUCGAGAGCAACUUCGAACUACCUUCUGGCAUUGCUGCUAAAAGGGAACACAUCAUGACUGUACUUAACAACCUUACUGGCCUUUACAUACGAGCUACCUACUGGAGUAAUACGGUCACAGCCAGGUUGUCGAACGUUCUUCUGGUCAAUGGAGUGCCUUACAAUUAUACAGCAAUGCACGGCAAAAUUGUUCAACCUGCCUCUUCCGUAGAACAGUGCCAAUGUCCUCCAGGUUAUCAAGGACUGUCUUGUGAAGACUGCGCACCAGGCUAUUACAGAAUAAGCACCGGUCCCCAUGGAGGUUACUGCGUCCCUUGUCAAUGCAACGGUCACGCUGACGAAUGUGAUGUCCACACUGGAUUGUGCUUUAACUGCAAGCACAACACUCGAGGUGAUCACUGUGAGCAGUGUGACGUUGGAUAUCACGGAAAUGCGUUACAAGGAACUCCAAUGGAUUGUUUGAUAUGCGCAUGUCCUUUGCCUGUGGCCUCCAACAACUUUGCAACAGCCUGCGAUCUCAGUUCAGACGGGGAAAAGAUAAGUUGUGACUGUGUCGAAGGUUACUUUGGAGCACGUUGUCAGUCUUGUGCCCCUGGGUAUUACGGAAAGCCUGAAGUUGUUGGUGACUUUUGUAAACCCUGCGAUUGCUCCGGUAAUAUCGACCCUACGGACCCUUACUCAUGUAACACCGUGACUGGCGAAUGCCUACACUGUCUCAACAAUACUUUCGGUAACUCUUGCGCCCUUUGUGCUCCUGACUACUAUGGAGAUGCCAUUACCGCGAAGAAUUGCCAACCAUGCGAUUGUGAUAAUUACGGUAGAGAACGUUGUGAUAGCCACACAGGUCAGUGUAUUUGCAAGCCGAACGUCGAGGGAGAAAAAUGUGAUCGUUGCGUGGCAGAACAUUAUGGGUUCCAGUCAGGACAGGGAUGUAUUCCGUGCAAUUGUAGUCCUGCCUCCCUGAGUGCUCAAUGUCAUGAUCAAACUGGGCAAUGUCAGUGCAAACCUGGAGUCACCGGAAGAAAUUGUGAUAGAUGUACUGCUGGAUACUGGAAUUUCACUUCUGAUGGAUGCAUAUCCUGUGGAUGUAAAAGUGAAUAUUCCCUUGGAUUCGGAUGUAAUGCGGAAACGGGUCAGUGCGAAUGCCUUCCUGGAGUGACUGGAGAAAAAUGCGACCACUGUCCCCACAGAUGGGCAUUUGUCGACGGUGUGGGUUGUCACAGUUGCGACAGUUGCACUCAUGACCUUUUGGACGACACAGACGCCCUUGCGGCUCUAAUUGAUCCCAUUAUUAUUGAAUUUAAUGCUGUUGAUUCCGGUUACUUUACAACGAGAAGAUUGACCCAUCUGAACGACACCUUAAACGAACUUAAACCCAAAGUUGGGAAGUUACAGCCGAACCAAAUAAAUUUGAGCCCCGUUUUAGGAGAUCUUGAUAAACUCGAGACGGACGUUAACUCGUUCAACAGAAAGGUUUUAUACGCAAUGGAAAACAGUGCAGUACUAGCAGAUAACGCUCAUAAUAUCAGCUUGGAAACCGAUAAAGUUUUUGACGAAAUAUCUGAUGCAGUUGUGGACGCGAAAUAUGCAGUGAAUUACAUAGAAAGUUUAUCAGAUUCUUUGAUAUCUGGUGAAGAUAAAAAGGUAGAUGCAGCUUUAGAAGAGGCGUCUAAACUUUUAGAUGAAAUAAACAUAUUUAAUUUAAGCGGCAGGGCAAAUGAAGCCGACAAGCAAUACCUCAAAGCCGAUAAUCUUUUAGAAAAAUUGAGAAAUUUAAAAAAACCCGUCGAUAACAUCGACGACAAAGCCAAAAUGUUCAAAACUAAUCUGACUACCAUUAAUAAUAAACUGGACGAUCUCGCCAAUCACACCCAAUUCACAUUCAAUACGGUUUUGGAAGUUGAAAAGUUGCUGUCCAAAAAUAGACGAAAUAAAGAUUCAGUCGAAAGAAAGUUGGACACUAUUCAUACCCAAACGAAUGACGUUGAAAAAAAUUUAAAGGAUUCUGAUGUUCUAUUAAAAAAUGCUUCAGAAGUUCUCGACAAUUUUAAAGAGUUGAUUGAUGGAUUCCCUGCAAAUCCCAAAGAACUGGAGAAAAGCAAUCUUGAUUUUGACAAUACUUUAGAAAACAAUAUAAAUCAACUGGUCAUCGUAAAAGACUUAGUUCCUGUUGUAAAAGAUCAUGCGCAAAAUUUGACGUUGAGGGCCCAAGAGUUGGACAAUUUGUUAACAGAGACUAGAGAUUUAUCGGAAAAUGCCGUCAAUGCUGCAAACGCGUACAAAAACAUAGUAGAAGAGAUAAAAAAUGCCCGAGAUGCCGCUGUUUCGGGCAAAAGCGCUGCAGAAAAUGCUGCGGAUAUACUAAACAACAUUAGCAACCAAACGAUCGACGCGCGAAACAUUUCGACGGUUCUUCUAGAAAAAGCCCAAAAAUCCCACAUGGAAACAUCCCAAGACUUACCACCAGAACUGGAAGAAGCAAAAAGUCGAUCGCGACCCAUACGAUCUCUUCACGAAGAUAACGAGGAAAAGCUAGAAAACAUCAGGAAAAUCCUGAACAAUCCCAUCGUUCAGCCUUUGGAAUUGAAUAUCUAUCAAGCCGCAAAAACUGCAGAAGAGGCCGACACCAUUGCCCAAACGACCCUCGACCAGGCCACCGAAACGUUCAAAAAUAUCGCGAACGAAAAAACCAAAUCCGAACAUCUGCCAAAAGACUUGGACGACACGAAACGCAACAUCCUACAAGUGGAACAACAAAUUUACACGGUGAACCAAAAACUUCCGAAUAUCGUCAACAGUUUGAAGGAGUUCCCUGACCAAUACGACAGCAUGCGCGGUACUGCCCAAAGUGUAGAGGACAAAAUCAAAAAACUAAACCAGCAGAUCGCAUUAGCUAGAGACAUCGCAAACAGAAUCAAAGUCGGCGUCAAAUUCUAUCCCAACACCACCCUGGAGUUGAGGAAUCCCCCCAAUUUGGCAGACCUGAGCACGUCAACUCAGAUUUCUGGAUAUUUCAAGACCAGCAAUCCCAACGGAUUACUCUUGUAUCUCGGAAAUGGAAACGGAACCAAACUAAGGCGUACCCAAACGGACGAUUAUUUGGCAUUGGAAAUCGAAAAUGGCUACCCCGUUCUCACCCUCGAAAUUGGAAACGAUCCACAACGAAUAAUAAGCAACAAAUACGUCGCAGAUGAUACCUGGUACCAAUUUAUAAUCGACAGAACUGGGCAUAACGCUAAACUAUCUAUAAGAGAAGAAGUGGCUGGUGGUCGUGACCAAAUAUACACGGUGGAAGAAACAUUGAAUGGUACCAUGACCAUAUUCAAUUUAGACAGAAACCUAUCGAAAUUGUUUGUUGGCGGAUACCCACCCCAAUUUCCCAUGCAAAAUCAGGUCCGACAAAAUUCAUUCGACGGCGAAAUGGAAGAGCUGGUGAUUGGGGACACCCCCAUUUCUCUCUGGAACUUUAACGACGGAAACGAGAACAACCACGGGGCCAUCGAGAGGAACAAACUGGUAAAUCUACAGCCGAGCACCGGAUACAGGUUUAAUGGAAACGGUUAUGCCAUCAUCAACGCAAGAUUGUUCAAUUUAAGGAUCAGAUCUCACAUAAAACUCAGUUUCAAGACUUUUGCCACUGAGGGGUUACUUUUCUUGGCUGGCAAGGAAAAAACAUUCAUAUCCAUCGAACUUAGAAACGGAAAAAUAUUGUACCAGUAUAAUUUGGGCGAUAAAACGAAAACGUGGUACACCAAGGACACUUACAACGACGGCAAGUGGCAUACUGUCAGCGCGAGCAGAGAUGGUGCCAAUGGUAACUUCAUCGUGGACGAAGAAGAGAUUCCGGAUCGAUCUCCACCUGUGGAAGGAAGUGCUAUCGAGCAAGUGGAAACAUUCUCGUUUGGUGGUUAUCCUCAAUUCCACAGUUUCAAAGACGUCACCAAUACAGACUUCGAUGGAUGUAUCGAUAAUGUCACCAUCAUGGGUAAUCUCGUAGAUCUCACUCAAAACGUAAAGGCUUACGACGUAACACCAGGAUGCCCAGUCAAGUUUUCAAGACUUGUCUCCUUCUCGGAAAAUACAAACGGAUACAUCCGAUUCGGUAACAUCUCUUCCGGCGACAUAUUCCAGCUAAGUUUGAAAUUCAGAACGAAGGAACCGAACGGUCUAAUAUUCUACUUCACAAACAGCGAUCAAAGCGUCGGAUUGUCGUUGGCCUUAGACGAAGGCGAGUUGCAUUUGAUCGAUCAAAAAAUCGAUAUCAUACCCCCGGACGUCACCUUCAACGACAACGAGUGGCACGUCGUCACCAUUACACACAACACAACCGUUUUACGACUGGACUACGACGACUAUGCGUUCCAAUCAACCGACAGUCCCCCACCGCUUCCCCGAAUUCUCUACGGUGACUUCUACAUAGGAGGGUUGCCAAGAACGUUUGCUGCAAAACAAGGUACCGUGGCUACCGAAAGGAACUUUGCCGGAUGCAUUGGUGAUACGACAGUCAAUGGAGUGAUACUCAACUUCGCCAACUCGACCGAUAAAUUCAGAGAAGUGAUUGGAAAAUGCAUUUUGGACAAGCAAAUUGGCAGUGACACCAACAUACAUGUGGUUCCCACGUUGCCGCCAGUCGAAGAGCUUGACUUUCAAACUUUGGCGCCUUCCGAGUCGUUCACUCGCAAUCCAUUCAUUGAUGCGAUACCUAAGCGAGGUGAUGGAGGUUUUGAGAGUGGUGUACAUCAGCCCGAAGAAGUUGUCACCACAACAUCCCCUGCUACCACUACAACCACCGUGGCAACGGUUAUUCCCGACGUAAGGGCGCCUCGACCACCAGGCACACCACCCCCAACAAUCCCGCAACUACCGAGAGAACCCUCGUGCGCUUUGCCGAUAGAACCCCAAUACGAUGACACCGCAAACAGUGGAUCAUACAGGUUUGGAAGCGAUCCUGAAAGCAGGUUGGAAUAUCCGGAGGCAAGGGGGAAGUACAGGAAACAGUUCGACUUUUCGUUAGAGUUCAAGACGACCGAGACUGGAGGGAUCCUAAUGUACGUUUCUAGUAUAGAUCACAAACAGUUCGCUGCCAUCAUACUGCAGAGUGGUCAUGUCGUUUUCAUCUUCAGUGGUGGCGGUGCCCCUGCCAUCAUAAAAUCCCCGGGUACAUACGUCGACAACGCCUGGCAUAAAGUCGAAGUAAGCAGGAACCAUGGAGACGGUAAACUGGUUAUCGAUAACGAAAUCGCAGCAACCGGUAGAGCCCCCAGUAAUACCGCCAAAAUCGAACUUUCUCCACCGUACUACGUAGGAGGAAUCCGAUCUACCGAUUAUGAACAUGCUCUCGAGAAUUUGAAUACGACUCGAUCGCUGAACGGUUGCAUCCGGGACUUCCACAUGAACAGCAAGCCGAUGGAGAAGGUGAAGACGUUCGGGGCGAUACCAUGUUCAGAAAACGUCGAACCCGGAACGUUCUUCCACCAGGACGAGGGCUACAUGAAGUUGAAGGAGAGAUUCAAAGUGGGUGUCACAAUAAACAUCAAGAUGGACAUCAAACCGAGGACCACGUCGGGCGUACUUAUCGCCGUCCACGGUAAACGUGACUAUCUCGUACUGGAAAUGGUCAAUGGCACUAUAAAGGUAACCGUUGAAAACGGUAAGGGGCCCAUAUCUAACUCGUUCAGAGCAGACAACCCGCAUUACUUGUGUGACGGACAAUGGCAUACCAUCCAGGUUAUAAAGUCGAAGAGUGCGGUGACGUUAUCAGUGGAUGCCACUCAUACCGAACCAAGUGUCGGAGAUCCUCAUUCUAUAUCAACGGACACCGGUGGAGGCCUGUUCCUUGGUGGUCAUCGUCUGCUCCAUCGAGCUAGGGGAAUAACCGUUAGAAAAUCGUUCGUUGGGUGCAUGCGAAGUGUUUUCAUCAACGAACAUCCGAUCACGUUAUCUCAAGAUAUGGCCGAAGGUAAAGUCAGCGUUGGCUUCUGUCCCACCAACUGAUUUUCUUCUUUUUCCUUUUUUUUAUCAUUUCAAAGCCAAAUGAACUGCGUAAUUUAUCUUUUAAGUGAUUUGUCAUAAGUGUAACUUUGCAUUUAAUAUUAUUAAGCAUCAAUAAAAACUAUAUGUCGCAAUAAAAAUCAAGAUCAUUCUCCUUCCUCUUC